AUGGCGUCUCCACCAUCACACGCAGAUUUCCCCAAGAAUUCCCUUUCCCUUACAAUUCCAUCCAACCCAGUCCCAUUCCCCACAACUACGUUAUCGCAUACACGUCGAGCUUCCGAAGUCAUCUCGAUCAAACGUCGGAAAGUAAGUAUGAUAUCCACAACUUCAACUCACUCUGCGCAUCCUCUACGCCAAACCUCGUUUCCUCCCGAAUCCGCCGUAUUUACACCUGGCUAUGAACGCUCACCAAGUGUUGAUAAUAUGUCCCUCGUUAGCGGAAGUGUCGCAGGUGGUCAAUCAAAAAGGAAACGCGCCAAGAAGUCGAAAGGUGGAAAAGGCGAUUCUGAGGGAUCCAAUGCUGGCGCGGCAAAAUCAGACGGACCUGCCUCAAAGAAACGACGAACAUCUACUGGAAACAUCGAAGACGAUGAAGAAGACGAUAAUAAUGUGGAUCAAACCAUGACAUCGAUGACGUCUAGCAUUGAAGAAAAGCAAAGGGACAUACAACGAAGGGCUUUGUUAGCGAAUCAUUUGGAUCCGGAACAGUUUGAACGUUACGCAGCUAUGAGAGCUGCAAAAUUUCCUGAUGCUACAAUUAGGAGGAUUGUAAAUCAGACUCUCUCGCAAAGUGUGCCGGGUACUGUUAUUUUGGCGGUCAAGAGUGUCGCCAAACAAUUCGCUGGAGAGUUGAUUGAAGGUGCGAGGAAGGUACAGACACAAUGGAUCGAAGCUGGAGAACCAAACUCUGGAUUUAUCACUUCCCUGACGCAGCAUACAACUAUGGCUGGCGAAGAGGAAACUGGUGAAGAAGUUAAGGCUCAGGAAUUGAGGAGGGCACCUUUGCAGGCGGAUCAUUUGAGGGAGGCAUUGAAAAGAUUGAGAGAAGGAAAUGAAGAUGGAUUGGCUGGACAAUUGAAUUUAUGGCAAUUGCAACAACAUAGUGGGGUUGAAAGAUUUGGGUCUAGGGUUGGAGGAAAAAGACUUUUCAAAUGA